GGCCAACAACUCAACAAAUUCCAGUGACACAUGUGCAACUGGCGACAACCUGUGCAGUGCAUGUCUUUGGAAGUGGGAGGAAGCCGGAGUACCCGGAGGGAACCCACGCAUUCACGGGGAGAACAUGCAAACUCCACACAGAAAGAUCCCGAGCCUGGAUUUGAACCCAGGACUACAGGAACUUCGUAUUGUGAGGCAGAUGCACUAAUCCCUCUGCCACCGUGAAGCCCGUCCUAGAAUCCCUCCACACAUAAUACAACUUUGCUGUUUUUGCUCCGUCCUCUGCUGAUUUUGUUUGGGUUUUUUAAAGGCGCAAAAGAGCGUGCUGACACACCUGCGCUAUUGACACCAAGCUCUCCGACCAGCUCCACCUGGUUGACUCCCACCAGCUGGGCAGCGUGUUCUUGCCGCUGCACAACCUUAAUAAAGCUCCCUUGAUUUAAUUUUGUCCUAUGUUCAAUCUAUCCAAUAUCCGGUGAGGUGUCGGGGCGUUAUUUGGUGGUUAAAUAUGCCUGUCAACAUGUGCUUUUUCUAGACAAUUAACUACUAAACUAGAAAAACACUCAUAGAGUGCGAACCUGCGCCAAGACAUCUCUGAUGAACAGCAUAUACCAUAAGCCAACAGAGGUCAGCAGAAGACCACAGAUCAGAUCAUCUGUUUCCUCUGCAAAAUAAGAAUAAAUAACACUUUUAUUGUGGUCAUUUUUAGCAUUAUUUUACAUUGAAGAAAACAAACCAAAACAAAAUCGUUAUAAACCUUGAUUAACCUAAAAUGCAUGGACGGUUGUUUGUCCAAGCCAGGCCUGGACAAAUGAUUUGAUUUUGUCCUAUGUUCAAUCUAUCCAAUAUCCGGUGAGGUGUUGGGGCUUUAUGUGGUGGUUAAAUAUGCCUGUCAACAUGUGCUUUUUCUACACCAUUAAUUACUAAAUUACAAAAACACUCAGAGAGUGCAAACCUGCGCCAAGGCAUCCCUGAUAAACAGCAUAUACCAUCAGCCAACAGAGGUCAGCAGAAGACCACAAAUCAGAUCAUCUGUUUCCUCUGCACAAUAAGAAUAAAUGACACUUUUAUUGUGGUCAUUUUUAGCAUUAUUUUACAUUGAAGAAAACAAACCAAAACAAAAUCGUUAUAAACCUUGAUUAACCUAAAAUGCAUACAUGGUUGUUUGUCCAAGCCAGGCCUGGGCAAUUAUUUUGACUCAGGGGCCCAAAUUUUGAGAAAAUAAUGUGUCCGGGGGCCGGUAUAUCUAUUUUUAGGACACAACCUCACAAUAAUGUCUGAUUGAGUGCUAAAAACAAUAUUGACGGAAUGGAAUUUGAAAUAUUUUUACUGAUUGAGACACCCAGAAUGUACAUGAAAAUAAAAAAUGUGGGAUUACGGUAACUAUGCACGAUAAAAGACCGACUAUUGACAACAUAUGAACGUCACACCCCCUCUCGGUCGACAUAUUUUACAAUCAAGCAAAACGCAACAAAAAUGAAACAAACUAAGCGAAAUAGGAACGCUAAGGGUAAAAAAUAUACCCACCUCCGCUCUGAUAUAUCUGAUGUAUCACUAAACUUUAGAACUUUGUUGUAAAGAUCUCCUUCCGUGUCUGUCCAUGACACACGGUGGCAAAAAUUACCUCCAACAAUAAGUGCUUUGACAAGCUCAUUUAGGAAUAAUAAAAACUACAAAAGCACUUGUUCCAGGACCUAUUUCAGACAUUUUCUGAAAAUGUGAUCAAAGAAAUGCACCUGGGGAAAGGUUGAUUAGCAACACUAAAUGGUCCUUAGUGUGUGAAUGUGAGUGUGAAUGUUGUCUGUCUAUCUGUGUUGGCCCUGUGAUGACGUGGCAACUUCUCCAGGGUGUACCCUGCCUUCCGCCCGAAUGCAGCUGACAUAGGUGCCAGCAUCCCCCACAACCCCAAAAGGGACAAGCGGUAGAAAAUGCAUGGAUGAUCAAAAUGUGUUCCUACUAUGCUGCUAAGUAACAUACACACCCUGGCAUUUUGGGAGGAAAAAACAGCAAUUCAACAAUGGCAGCGUUAUUUGAUAUCCAAGGUGGCAUUUAGAAAGGUAUUUAUGUUGCUAACUCACAGACAAACAAAGUAAACAAAUACAUAACCUCAUUUAAGAAGGUAUAAUUGAACUUCUAGAAAAACUUGUUCUAUGCCACUCCUUCUUUGUCUCAUUUUGUCCACCAAACUUUUUAUGCUGUGCGUGGAUACACAAAGUGCUAAUCCGGCAUAUUUUGUCACUGCAUGACUGCAAGGUAAUCGAUGCUAACAUGCUAUUUUGGCUAUCUGUAUGUACAUAUUGCAUCAUAAUGUCUCGUUUGUAGGUAUAUUUAAGAUGAUUUUAUGUAUUUAAUUUACAUUUGCAUGUUUCAUUACAUAUUUUCUGUAAGUAAUAUUGACUGCAUUUCUGAUAGUUGUUUGAGUCCCGUUAUAAUCCACAGCAAACGUUACCCAGAUUGUAAAAAAAUCCAUCACAAGAAGACAGCCUGCCGUUUCCUUUAACUUGGACAAAUACAUCUUUACCAUGCUAAGACAGCAAUUUCCAGGAGUUAUCUCAGCCUCUGAGGAGCCUCGUUUUUACUAAUGUUUUCCAAUGUUGUAGAAAAUAUGUAAUAUAAAUAUUGAAAUAGUCAACGCAGAUUGGUGUCAGCCUGAGUCAUUUUGAUAGUAGGCUAAUAUAGACACUUACAUCAUGUGUUGCCUUCUUUAUAACGCUUAUAUGAGGCUUUUAUUUUUUUGCGGCUCCAGACACUUUUAACAUUUUGGGUUCCGGACCCCUGGUUUAGUUAGUUGUUUAGAGUUCAGGGCUGUGUUUCGAUCAGUACACUUCCACACUGACACCUGGCUUUCUGAGUGUGUAAGUGCAUUCACAUUGGCAAGUACAGCAAAAUGCAGUACCUGGAUUAUGUUGUACUCAAGAGAGGAACUAACUGGAGGGUUUGCAAACCACACUUAUAAAGGAGAGAAGGAAAAUAAGUGUGCAAUGGCAUAUUGGAUUUAGGACAGCACCAUGCUGUUAUGUUUGUUGCUGUCUGGAACUAAGUAUGGACAGCACGGUGAUACAGGGGUUAGUGCAUGUGCCUCAUUUACAAAUGUCCUGAGUUCAAUCCCAGUCGUCCGGACUGAACAGCAGGCGGUGAUUAUUGUACCGACGUUGCUUCUCUUGUUCACGCUGAUCACAGUGCUGUUCAUGAUUGUGCACUCCUACCUCUCCCGUAACCGGACCAGAACCACAGUCCCGGCCCGCUACAGCAGCUCGGUGCGCAGACCAGAACGCCGCCUGCAGGGCAUUGAUGCGCCCCCUGGUAUUGAUCCACUGGAGCAUGAGGAGCUUCCCAUGGCAGUCCAUAAAGCCCAGCAGCGCUCCCGUAAAGCAGUACCACAGGUGACCACAGGGGGGCGUAUUGGUUCCUUCCAGCAGGUCACCGUGCUGCCCCAGACGCUGUACAUCAAAACCAAUGAGAUGGUGGGUAUCUACAAGGCCCGCAUGGACAACAGGAACGUGGUGCUGAGGGCGCUCAAAGACACGGCAAACAGCGACGAGAGGCAACGCUUUCUGGAUUUUGCCUCCUUUGUGUCAGGGCUCGGGCGUCACCCCUUCAUCCCCGCUCUUUUGGGGGUCAUUACCGCCUCUUCGCCCCCUGUGAUGGUGAUGGAGGAACUGCGCCACCGAGACCUGCUGGGCUUCCUGUGGAGAUGCAGACGGGGUGAGUCGGCAUGUGACAUGACGGAGAGGACAGUCUUCACCAUGGCAACACAAGUGGCUUCUGCUCUGGAGUAUCUGCACGGUCAGCGAUGCGUUCAUGGCAACGUGGCAGCGCGAAGCGUGCUGGUGGGCGGCGACCUGACGGCCAAGCUGUGGGGUUUAGGCUCCGCCUACCACCGGCAAGCCCAGGUUAAUGUGGGCGGGGCCACGGAGCUGAUGAAGUGGCAGUCGCCGGAAGUGUUGACGCGUAGAGCGUUCAUUGCCAGCAGCGACGUGUGGUCCUUUGGGACGCUGCUCUAUGAAAUGGUCACGUUAGGUGAUCCACCGUUUGCCGAGCUGCCGACUACAGAGCUCCUGCAGCAGCUCCAGAGAGGGAGACGCCUCAAACGUCCGCCCAGCUGCUCCGGCUCGCUCUUCGCCAUCAUCACGUCGUGCUGCCAUUGGAGCCCCCAGCGGCGCGUCUCCGUGGCGACACUCGUCGAGAAGCUCCAGGCGGGGCAGAGGUCGGCCAACGGGAGGACGGUCAUCCGAGUGUCCGAGCCCCUGGACACGGGGAAGUACCUGCGGGAGGCCGGAUACGGCGAGGCCUACAACUACGCUGUGCUGUGAUCGUCUGACAGUUUUAGACACUUUUAUACUUGUACAUAGUGUGGAUAGAAGAGGAAGAUCUCAUAGCAGACUUUGACUGUAUAUGAAAUCCUAAAUAUAUUUAUUUAUCAUUAACUGUAGAAAAUGGCAAAAUGUCACGGGAGGUCGAGGAGCUUCGGGAAUGAAAGCGUCACACUUUUUGUUUAGGUUCUUUUUUUAGCCCUACGCACCCUCCGCCCCCUGCUACCUCGCCCCCGUACACAUUCCUCACAUUCCCCCCGCCACUUUGGGGAGAAUGCUUCCAGGCUGACGUAUCCGGUCUGUGGGUGGCUGAGGAAGUGAUGAAACCGCUUGUAGACAGAAGCCCCGCCCCUAUUUGUGGCCUUCAGAAACGUUUGCUAUCAGCACGCAGCACCUCUGCAGUCGGAUGGGCUUAACGGCCGCAUAAUUCUCCAGAAGCCGGAAACCAGAAUGCUUCUCGAGAAACGCCGAACUGUCAUUUUUUUUGGCACUUUGACUCAUGUGGCCGAGGGACCUGGGACAAUGACGCACUCUUAAUGACAAAAGCACACCUCCGCCAAGGCAGCACAUUGAUUACCUCGCUCAUAAACACUUUAUAACGGGACUGUCUGUGUAAGGAGAUUUUCUGUACAAUAGAUUGGAUUGUCUGCCAGAGAAUAAAAAGACAUAGCAUGUGAUAAUGUAAAACAUUUAA